AUGGAAACGCAGACUCGACCUCGCCCCGAGCUGCCUCCUGUUUGGACGGGCCGCGAUGACCAGCCGUUGGCGUACCCCAGGGCCAUGCCCCAGUCAGCCAUCAGCCCCUUAUUCUCGGCUUCUGCGAGCCUGCCCAGCCCGAUCUACCCGGCGUCGCCUGGCCAUGACGCGAUGAGGGCCCACGAACGAGCUUUGGUAGAUCGGCUAGACCGAGUUGACUUUCACGGGCGACGCGAAUCGCAACUGUUGUCGCCUACUGCCGUCCGCUCGCUUUCACCCAUCUCGGAGCAAAAGGCCGCUUCACAUGGGGAUGCUACUCGACGCGUGUCUGUCGCGAGCCUCACUCAGCCGACGCCCUCUCCGCAAACUCCCAGCUUUAUCAUCCAGCCUCACGUAACGCCACAGACUAUUGCCGCCCAGACGAGGGAGAUUCUGAUGGAGGGCGUGCCCGAUAACACACCCAUUCACUCGACACACCCACGGCUGCCACUUUCCCUGCCUCUGCCUCUACCUCAGCUUCAGCCUCCGUCGCCCAUCAACACCAGUAUCGUUGACGGCCGUCGCCCGUCACUCCCACCGCUGUCACCGGCCAGCCCCUGGCAGAGUAGCGCUGAGGUGCGCCAACAGCUCCGCAGCUGGGGGCGUCUCUACUUUAACAAUAUCUCUACCGCUGAUUGUCUCGUGACUGCUGUCUCGCUUCGGAGGUAUAGCGAUAGCGCCUCACCAUUGAAUGAUAAGGCAUCACCACUCGGAGAAGGAGAAGAAGAAGAGGGAUCAACAAAGGACCUGAACCAGAACCUCGAACCGUCUUCCCCGGUCCCGCCCUCACCGUUCACAAGCAGACAAGGAAAAGUCGCCUACCGCGUCCUGGUCCGGCCGUUCGAACCCAACCGUCGGCCUUUCUUUGUUCGCCGCGAGUUCGACAUGGAUGGCCUCCGAUCCACGAUCCCGGACCCGGGCCCUCCAUCAGCACCAGCAUCAACUCCAGCCUCGGCGCCGAUGGCCAGGGCCGUGCCCACGUCCGUCCGUUCCCACGGCCUCCCCAGCCACGGUCUAGAUGCCAUGGACCGGUCUGCCCAGCUGAGGCAGAGCACGAAUACAGUGCCGAUCCACCUCAAAUACGCCAAAUCCUUCCUCCCCGCUCUCGCUGCCCUGCUCUACUCGGGUCACAUCCGCCACAAGCGUGAUACCAUCGACCUGCCGCUACCACACCCGGCCGCGUGGGCCCAUACGGUUGCAUACUUGUAUACUGGGCGCGGCGGGUUGUUGACGGAUGCGGUGAGGGAGAAUAUUUUGUAUUUGGGGGGGAAGGUUUAG